AUUGAAAUUCGAAUGCAAAAACUUGUAUCGUGUAGAAGUUUUAAUUGUAAUGGGAGUGGAGAACUUAAAACUAAAUCCAUCCAGUAACACAUUAAUUUGUUGAUUAGAAAAAGAGGAGCUGUUCGCGCCGCGUCCUGAGAAUUCCGAAACAGGGGCUGCUCUUCAUCCCCUGUUUCACGAGUUUCUGCAGCAGUCUCCUCCAGAUUCAAGAACUCUCGAUUUCCUGAAGAAAUUUUUUUUCAGCGUCGAAGCUCCUACUCGUAAGUGUAACGCUGCGAGAAUCUUGAGCCUUUUCCUGUUUGGUCGCUGGGAAAAUUUGCAGGAAAAAAGGCUGCAACUUUCUGUGUUUGUUUUUGUUUUGGUGCCCCAGAGGCAGAGACGAAACAGAGCAAGUGUGUCAGUGUGGAAGCUAGUUUCAGUGACUUGCAGCUUUCUUGAACAAUUCAACAGAGAGAAUCCCCUUAAAACUCUGAGCCUACCAGAGCUCCUCCAUUGCCGUCUCUGUUUUUAGCCUUCCAAUUUCUGUCUUAUCGGUACUUUCCACAAAAUUCACUACAUUCUUAUUAUUACUCUUGUCAUUAAUUGCAGACCUACCAUCUCACUCUCGAUUCUCUUCCAAGAUUUUUAGAAGCCGAGUUGAAUUUCCAUUUUUAAGCCAUUCCCAGCCCCUCGAAACCCGCACUUUUUGAAGCACUUCUGGUAGAUUUCCUUCCUCUGUUUCCCCCCUCUGUUCACUUCCCUUAUCCAAGAAUUGUUUCCCCGAACCUCGACAAUUUGAUUCCUCGUCGGGAAAGAUCGAAUCUUUACGUUGUGGGUCAUUGAAAUAUUCGCGAAUCAUCAACUGGGUUUUCCUUUUCCUUUCCUUCACUUCCUCCCCUUUUCGCUUUUCAGGGAUUCGUUCAUAUAUAAAAGCAGAAACUGGGACGGGGAGUAGGGGAGAAGAAAGAAAAAAGAUGAAGAAUUCUGUGUCGGAACAGAGUUUUUACAUAGACAGCGAUGAAGAGGACGACAAAGACUACAGCAGAGAUGUCGAAGGGGAAGAAGAAGAAGAAGACGUCGGAAACCUAUCGGAUUCCGACGAGUCCACGGCCGAUAACAAUCGGCAACAGAGCAAAACCGGCUCUUACAUUUCUCAAUGGCCUCAGAGUUACAGGCAGUCAAUCGAUCUAUACAGCAGCGUGCCAUCUCCGGCGAUCAAUUUCCUCAACACGCCAUCUCUGACGAGACUGGGAAGUUCGUUCCUGUCAUCUUCACUGAUAAGAAGGCACACCCCGGAAUCAUUUUCUACCCCUGCGGCGACGGCGGUGACAGCGCCUCUGUUGGAGAAAGAAGAUGAGCCGAAGAGGAAGAGUUCUCUGGCGCUGCUCCCGCCGCCGAUCCCGCGGCGGAGAUCUUCCAUCAGAAAAGACAAUGGCAAGCCUUCCUCUAUGAUUGCCCAUGGCCACGACGAACUCCCCAUCUCUCGCCAGAGCUCCUUUGGUCAAGCCGUGCUCAAUGGGCUGAACGUGCUGUGUGGGGUUGGGAUACUGUCAACGCCAUAUGCAGCCAAGGAAGGAGGGUGGGCGGGGCUCUCCAUCCUCAUCGUAUUCGGCCUCCUCUCUUUCUACACUGGGAUGCUCUUGCGCUACUGCCUCGACAGUGAGCCUGGUCUCGAGACUUACCCUGACAUCGGCCAUGCCGCUUUUGGAACCCCUGGCCGUAUCGCCAUCUCCAUCAUACUGUACGUGGAGCUGUAUGCUUGCUGCGUGGAGUACAUCAUAUUGGAGAGCGACAACUUGUCCUCGCUAUUCCCAAAUGCACACUUGAGCUUGCUUGGGAUGGACUUGGAUGCACACCACCUGUUUGCUUUAUUGACAACCCUUGCUGUCCUCCCCACCGUCUGGCUCAGAGACCUCCGGGUUCUCAGCUACAUCUCUGCUGGUGGAGUUAUUGCAUCAGUUCUAGUGGUUCUGUGCCUGUUCUGGGUUGGCUUAGUUGAUCAAGUCAGCGUCCACAGCAAAGGCUCAGUUAUCAACAUGGGGACGAUUCCUGUGGCUCUUGGUCUCUAUGGCUAUUGUUACUCAGGGCAUGCCGUCUUCCCAAACAUCUACACUUCCAUGGCAAGGCCACACCAAUACCCUAUAGUUCUCUUGGUCUGCUUUGUAAUCUGUACAAUGCUGUACAUGGGAGUUGCAGUGAUGGGGUACACGAUGUUUGGACAGGCCACAGCAUCUCAGUUCACUCUCAACUUGCCGAAGGACCUCGUUGCCUCUAAGAUCGCGGUGUGGACAACCGUCGUCAACCCUUUCACCAAGUAUGCACUGACGAUGAUGCCGGUGGCGUUGUGUCUGGAGGAGUUGCUGCCAUCAAACCUGAACAAGUCGUAUGUGUAUGGGAUGGGGAUUAGGACAUUGUUGGUCCUCUCAACUUUGCUCGUCGGUCUCUCUGUCCCCUUCUUUGGACUGGUGAUGUCGUUGAUCGGAUCAUUGCUCACAAUGUUUGUGACUUUGAUACUUCCUUGUGCUUGCUUCCUGAGCAUCGUGAGGAACAAGGUUACUCCGUUCCAGGUUGCGCUGUGUGGAUUGAUAAUUACAGUUGGGUUAGUGGCAUCAGCUUUUGGGACGUACUCUGCCUUGUCCAGUAUCGUUGCCAAUUUGAGCGGCUAGAGGUUUUUUUUUCUUCCAGUUUCUACUUUUUGUUAGAGGAGGUUUAGGUUAUGUGAGGGAGGAGAAGAGUUGUUUUGUAUUUUUAAAUUUGGCCAAUUUUGAGUGUGUAAAACCCAAAUAGCAUUAUUCCCAUUGAAUUUUGCGUUGCAAUUGCAAGUUUGGUACAAAAUGUAAACGUUUAUCGUAAUUACUAUAGUUGUCUGUGGGUGGAGUGCCGGCCGGUUGAACCAGAUAUACCCGGUAUCCGUCAAGGGAGAGUGAUUCACUGACACACCUACAGCUGAACUCCACCAUUACUAAGGAAAACAACAAUCCGUCGGUUGCUUUCACAGGUCGAUCGAAUUCAGGGGGAAGUAUCUACCUUAACAAGAUUGCUUGGCUUUGUAUUAUGAAAUAUUAUGUUCGGUUGGAGAACCAACUUGUCGACAUUUCGUGGAAUAGAUCAACCUCUUGAUAUGCAUGUCAAUCGAAUUGAAGACUGGAUGCACACAUCAACAUGGAUUUACUAUAGCGGUCGACUACUUUCAAGUGAAGACAUUAAUCAACAUACCUGGUGCUU